CUCUGCAUUGAACAGUUACGAGGUAUGUGAUAAAUGCCAUUCCAGAAACUCGUUAUCGGAGCAAUCUUACACCCUGGCACAGUGGCUACACAGGCCCCGCAACGUUGCAAACAUUGAUUCUCUCGUCGCCAGCCUCGAAGGACCUUAGGGCUUAGGACUCAUUGUGAUUCCAGACUUCAACUCGUCACGAUAGUGCUCUUCAUCAUGAAAAUUACCUCUGCUCUCAUCCUGGUGUUAGUUGCUUGUGUGCAGGCUCAGCCUUCAGUCAAUAUCUCGUCACUACCCAGCAGUAUUAUACUCCCGACCAUCACCCUCCCUCCGCCCCCUUCAGUGACUGGAUCUACGUUGACUCUGAGCGGUCAAACUUUAACACCGCCAAGCCUGUCAUUCGGGGCCACUGCGACGACGUCCGCGUCCACGUCAACGAGUACGACCGCCAAGUCCACAGGUGCAGCAAUGGCACGCUCUUAUGCUGACACUGAAUUGGUCAUGGGAGCUGUGGCAGCAUUCUUCGGCGCCUUCGCCUUUCUGGAGUGA